AUGUGCAUCUGCGUCCCUGUUUCCUCUCUGCAACCCUCUUUUCCUCCCGCCCACCUGUCUGCCGUUCGGCCGGCCAUCUUCAUCUGGCUCAACAACUUCACGGGGUCCUUUCCGUCACAGUUCAGUGACCUGGUUAACCUCGAGUACUUCUAUGCGCGGGAGAACGCCCUCCAAGGCAGCAUCCCUGCCACUCUGGGUCGCCUCACCAGCCUCACCAUCAUUCAGCUGGGCGGCAACAAGCUCACCGGCUCCAUUCCGGAUUCUUUCUCCAACCUCGGCAACUUGCAAGGCUUCUAUCUGUGGCAGAAUCAGUUGAAUGGGUCUCUGGAUUUUCUCACCCACUGUUAUUCCCUGGAGCAGAUAGCCAUUCAGUACAACCAGUUCACGGGAUCCAUUCAUAGUGACAUUUGGAUGCUCGAUUCGCUCAACCACUUCGAUGUAUCGAGCAACAAGCUGACCGGAGCCAUUCCAGCAUCAGUAGGCGAGCUCGUCGAACUCACCACCUUCAAUGUUUCUCACAACACUCUCACCGGCUACCUACCGGCCUCCAUGAUCGCCCUCACCAAGCUUGAAGACCUUUACUUCACACAAGACCCCCCAGGGCUGCUGACAUGCCCGCCGAGUGACACAAAGCAGUGUGCAGAAGUGAGGAGCAACGACCUCGAGUUGCAGUACUGCAGUGCGAGUGGGUCUAAGGAUUCCUCAGGGCAAGCAGUAGCAGGGGCGACGGGGGCAGUGGAGCGCCCGGCGGUGUGUCGGCAGUACCGGCUGGACGUGCUGGCAGCGGCAACGGGCAUGUGGGCGGAGGCGAACAAGAUCGGCAGCGGGGGGUUCGGGGAUGUGUACCGCGCUCACGACCCCGCCGACCCCUCCACGCCCUGGGCUGUCAAGCGCGCCAAAGUGCUCACCAAUGACUUCCGCCGCGAGGUGAACGAGAUGGCAUCGAAGCACCACCCACAUCUGGUGCGGCUGCUGGGGUUCUGCGUUGAUUACAAUGAGGCCACGGAGCAGACGGAGCAGAUCCUCAUCUACGAGUUCAUGCCCAAUGGCGACCUUGAGCGCUGGCUCGGGCCCGGGAUGGGUGAUGUGCAUAGCUUUGGAGUGCACAUGUACCUGCAGAUGCACUUUCUCUCACUCCCUUCCAUCUCUGUGGGCAUGCGUGUGCAAACACGCACCUGGACUCUCACAUACUCAUCCCCAUUCGUCCUUAUCGCCCAAAGCGCAAUCUUCACCGUCAUCCGCUUCUCUCCUCUCCCCUCCCACUCCUCUCCUCUCCCCUCCCUCUUCUCUCCUCUCCCCUCCCUCUCCUCCCACCUCCCAUCCCUCCCCCACCAGGUGGCACCGUUCAUAGCAGCCAACGACGGAGUGACCUUCAAGGACCCGGCACUAGAAGCCCCACCAGAAAUUAUCCUGCGCAUGGCACGCCUGGCUCUCAGCUGCACCACCAUGCCCACUGCUCACCGCCCCAACUUGAUCAAUGUGCUCGCUGAAUUGGAGGCUCUGCGCGAGGAGGUGUGUGGUGCCACCCGUAACCGUAUGGCGAGGCGGAUUGACCGGGAGAUUGACGACAAGCAGGGGCACAGCCUGGAGGAGGAGGUGGCGAAUGCGAUUAGAAUAGGGUCGAGUGGAGGCGGUGGAGAGAGUAGGAAACACACUCUGGGCCAAGUCGCAGCUGCCGUUUCUGACGGAGUGCCAGGCGGCAUGGAAGCGCAGGGCCUCUUGUCGCAGUCGCUCACAGGGUUCCUGCCAGCAUCCGUGGGAGCUGCAACGCGCCUCUCCAAGAUAGGCCUGUACAACAACAUUCUGAGUGGUUCCAUUCCAGACACCAUCGGCAACCUUCUCUCACUCCAAUACCUUGAUCUCUCCGCCAACAACUUCUCAGGAGGCUUGCCUGCCGCUAUUGGGAAACUAUCCUUGCUCACUUACCUGUAA